UGAAAUGACCACCCUUAUCCAAUCAGUAUCCAGAAAUGUUGUUAAUAGUGAACCUCAACCAAACAUUAUAUCAUCUGCUAUCCCCACAUUUACCACUGGGCCUACAGACUUUACAACAGAGCGUUCUAGCUCUCAGGUUUCCACACAAGUAAAACUCCAGACCUCUAAUGGUUAUAAAAUGACCACAUCAAUCUCAGUGACAUCCAGCAGCUAUAUUAACAGAAUAACUCAACCAAUAACUAAUUCAACUACUAGUUCGACACCUUCAGAUAAAUUAAAUAUUCUGAAAUGGUUCGCUAUGGUAGGCAGCCUCCUGGUUAUACUGAUUUGUGUAUUAGUUCUUCUGCUGUACAGACGUCACACCUGCAAGAAAAACAAAAGGCAAGAGACAUCACAAGCAACAUUUCUGAAGAAGUCAGAAUGUUUGGAUGUCUGGUGCUCAUCACAGGCAAUGCCUAAACCACCAGCCGUACAGAUACUAAGCAUGGGAGAAAUAAAAAAAGAAGCUCUGUAUUCAGAAAUUGAUCAGUUACAGCUAUCAACAAAUAAACCAGCUUUGGUAUCUACUCAUAUCUAUAUACCAGCUGUGUCUAUGUUAGAUGCUUUGCAGAAACAAAAUGAACCUCUGUAUUCAGAAAUUAGUCCUGCAGUGCUCCCAACAAACAGAUCAGCUUUACCAUCAGAACUUAGAAACCCUAAGGGGGAUGCAACUCAUGCAAGUCAUCCUGAAACAUCCAUUGACUCAUUAUAUUCUACUGUCAAGGCAAUUGAUCCUCAUUCUCUUGCUCCGGUUUAUAGUACACAUAUAAAAAAAAAACCUGCAAAGAAAAAUCAGUCCCCAGCACCUCCCUAUUCUUCUCUGGGAACCUCUUCAUGAACUUUUUUUUUUUUUAAAAACUAUGAAAGGAAGAUGAAGCAUCACCAUUAUAGAUUGUACAUCUAAU